ACACCCUGCAGCCCAGCUGUUCAGGAAGGACUUCCUCGGAGGUGGGGCUGGGGCUGCCCACCCAGGGAGCUCCCACAUGUGCUGAGCAGAGGUGCAGGCCUCACCCCUACCCUCCCACCUCCGCCACCUCCCUUGCCCCAAUCCCAGCCUGGGCUCUAGCAACCCCCUCCCCAGGGAGCCCAACAGGUGGCAGCUGCAGCACAAGGGCCAUAGGUCAGAAGCCAGAGGGACUUCCUCAAACUGUCCUCCCCCUGUGACCAGGAGGGGCCGUGCCCAGAGGCAGGGUAUGCAUCGGAAGCCGCCCAGGGGGCCGCCCCACCUCAGUCUCUGAUCAGAAGCAAUAAGGCCUUUAUGUGCCUGGAAGCCCGGGAGGGAGUGUGGGCAGGGUUGCCAGCCCGGCGGGGUCCAGCGGGGGCGGCAUCCCCCCGGAACGGCCCCUCUCGCCUCCGCAGGGACAGCGCUGGCCCCCGUGGGCGCCCCUGCCCUCCGCACCCGCCGCAGCCGGAGCCCCGCACCGCCGCCGCCAAUGCCGCUGCCCCGGCCCCUGACACCGCCCGCCGGCUGCUGGCAGUGGGACGGGCCCUGGGGCUGCGGGGGUGAGGGUGCCAUCCCCCGCCAGGCCCUGGCUGCUGCCGAGUGCCCGCCCUGUGCCAUGGCCGGGGCCCCACCCGCCCCCCAGCCUCUGCCGGGGGACGCCAGCUUUUACAGCCUCCCGCCCCCACCGCUGCCGCCCACCUCGGAGCCCCUCGAGACCCCGGCGCCCUCCCCUAGCCCCAGCCCCAGCCCCCAGGCCGUGUGCUGGCCCAGCGGCUGGCAUUAGCUCUGCCCGCCCUGCCUUCUCUUCUCAUAUGCAAUAUCCGUCAUUCACAGGGGCGGCCGGUCCCCAAAAUGCAAGACGCCUUCAGCCCCCAACGGACCCCAGCAUUGGCCGGCGCCCCACAUCUGCCGUUUUCCUUUCCAAAUGAAAGGAAACCCAUAAAACCAACAGAAAACACACACACACACACACACACACACACACACACAGAAUAGGCGAUUAUUUAUUUGUUUUUAAUUUAUUUUGUCAUAUUUUUGUAAAACGGCAGAAAUGCAAUAAAAACUAUAUUUCAACAGCGCCCGA